CGACGAAUCAUCUGCACGCAUCAUCCUUUCGUCCUCGCGCGCAAAGGCGAGUGCGUAGCACAUCAAGCCGCCCCUCACCCUCCCUUUCUCUCCCUCCGUUACGGCUGGUGUCAGUCCUCCUACCCAUCCCCCAGCUGCCUGGCAUGACGCACCUUCUCCCUCCCAAUCUGCUCCGCCUCUUCGUCUCUCGUCCGCCGCUUCCCUUCGCUCCGGCUCUGCCCGCCGACAAGGACAUCGUCAACCGCACCACACGCCAACAACGCUUUCGUCGCCCCAUCGAAGGCGCUGCCGGCUAUCUAGAGCGCGCCAAGCAGGAAGCAGCAGACAAAGGCGAAGCGACCGAAGGCGCCGAGGGGGACGACCAAGAAGUCGCGACGGACGCUGCGUACAUUCAAGUGGAGAAGAGGAAAGAGCAGAAGAAGCGCAAGCAGAAAGAGUAUCGAGAAAGGGCCGAGAAGGAGUAUGAUCCUAAGAGUGAUGAGAAAGCCAGGGGAGAUCCGUUCAAGACGCUCUUCAUCUCGAGGCUGAGCUAUGAGACUACGGAGGAGGACCUGCAUAGGGAGUUUGGCAAGUACGGGCCAAUUGAAAGCUUGAGGCUUGUGAGAGAUGAGGAGGGAAAGUCACGCGGGUAUGCUUUCAUCUUGUAUGAGAGGGAAAAUGAUCUCAAAACCGCGUACAAGGAUGCCGAGCGCAUGAAGCUGCAUGGCCGCGAGAUCAUGGUCGAUGUAGAGCGAGGGCGAACAGUCAAAGGCUGGAAGCCAAUGAGAUUAGGCGGGGGCUUGGGCGCCAGCCAGUCAACAAGGAAGAAGAAGGAGCCUGAACCUGAAGCGCCUGCAGCAAUGGGCUUCGGUAUGCGAGGAGGAUUCCGUGGCGGAUUCAGAGGAGGAUUCAGAGGAAGGGGAGGAUUCGGAGGACCGCCGAGAGGAGGCUUUGGUGGUGGGAUGGGACGAGGUGGAUUUGGAGGUGGAGCACCAGGCGGCUAUGGCGCUGGUCCACCGAGAGGGCCGUAUGGUGGUGGUGGUGGCGCGCCGAUGGGCGCCCCAUCAGGACCCGGUGGGGGUGGCUUUGGUGGAGCCCCCGGCGGGUAUGGAGGCGGAGGAGGCGGGGGCUAUGGAGGCCCGCCAGUAGCUGCGUGAGUUUGGGCGGACAGUGACAGUCGCCUGGAUGCUUUGAAGCUGACUAUCUUAUCAUACUCCUACCUCCCUUUACAGGUACGGCGGCGCACCGAGAGGAGGAGGCUAUGGCGGCGGGGGUGGGUACGGAGGAGGUGGUGGAUACGGCGGAGGAGGGUAUGGCGAGCCCGCCGCCAAGCGUGGCAGAUUUUGAUCUGCCGCUGUUCGACCACCCACAGACUCGCUACUCGGGCGCACGCUACCAUGCGCCGCCUUUGUACCAUUACCCUGUCGUACUGGCAUCUUCAUCUAUUCAUCGAGACAUCUUCGACACAGUGUACGCUUUAAUUGUC